GACGCGGACAAUUAGCGACACCUCGGCGUGCCGUAGUGGGCCUGCACAAGAUGACUGAACCAUUGCAAGGGGAGCGAAUGGCAGCCAGCUGUGGCCAGCUGCAGUGGACACUUCAGCCUGCUCAAACGUGGUAGUUAUUUUGCCCCUCCCCCACCAUGGCCCAGAACAAAUAAACGAAGUUGGGUCGAGACUCGCUCCUCCUGCGCCGCAGCACCCGACUUCCAUUUGUUUCCUCGCACGUUUUGCAGUAGACGCAAAUUGUGCGUCUCCAGAAAUUACCGGCUGGUACGCUGGCAUAUUUGUGUCAUCAUUUGAAGAAUGGCUCCCUCUACCAAGAUCUUCUCCCUUGAGGGGAGGAGUCUGAAGCUGGACACGGCCGAGGACCUGGAGCCUCAUAUUGCCGCCCUUCGCGCCAUGGACGAUGUCGAGGAGGUGCACAUGCUCGGGAACACUCUUGGAGUCGGCGCAUGUAAGCUUCUCGGAGAGGUUCUUGCGACAAAGAAGACAUUGCGGGUGGCCAACCUCGCUGACAUAUUUACCGGUCGACUCCUCAGCGAGAUCCCGGAAGCCCUUUCCUCCUUGCUCACCUCGAUUCUCAACCUUCCCAGCCUCAACACCAUCAACCUCAAUGACAACGCCUUCGGCCUCAACACUCAGGCGCCACUGGUGGCCUUCCUCGCGGCGCACGUGCCCUUGCAGCAUCUCUACCUCAACAACAACGGUCUCGGCCCGCAUGCAGGCAUUUUGAUUGCCGAUGCGCUCUCCGACUUGCAUGCCAAGAAGGAGGAGGCACGGAAGAAGGGGCAGGAUGUGCCUUACCUCGAGACCGUCAUCUGCGGUCGCAACCGGCUCGAGAACGGCAGCAUGACGGCUUGGGCCAAGGCCUUCAAGCUUCACAACAGGGUCAAGGAGGUCAAGAUGGUACAGAACGGCAUCCGCCAGGAGGGCAUCUCGCAUCUCCUGAGCGAGGGGCUGCGUCACGCUUCGCGGCUCGAGGUACUGGAUCUACAGGACAACACCUUCACCUUGCUAGGGGCCAAGGCGCUGGCCGAGGUCACCCCCGGCUGGGCUGAGUUGCUGGAGCUGGGCGUUGGCGACUCGCUGCUCAGCGCAAAGGGUGGCGUGCUGCUGGCCAAGGCGCUUGGCAAGGGCAAGAACAAGAAGCUCAAGAUCCUACGGCUGCAGUACAACGAGAUCACUGCACCGGGCAUCAAGGCCCUGGCUGAAGCUGCUGAAGACGCGUUGCCGGCCCUGAUGAGGUUGGAGCUCAACGGCAACAAGUUCACCGAGGACGACGUUUCCAUCAUUGCCCUGCAGGACCUCUUUGAGGCGCGCAAGGAGAAGCUGGCUGGCGACAUCGUUGUCGAGGACGACUGGGGUCUGGACAGCUUGAGUGACUUGGAGGAGGAGUCGGAGGGUGAAGAGGAGGAAGAAGAGGGAGAGGAGGACGAGGAGGUAGAAGAAAGAGCCGAGAAGCUCGUCAAGGAGGCCGAGCAGGCUCAAGAGCAGCCCGUUGCGCAAGUGAAGGACAAGGAGGUGGAUGAGCUCACAACGAAACUGGAAAAGACGGGGAUUUGACCUUCGGGACUUCUCGGUAGAUGGCAGUGGGUUUCCAUUGUGAGGGAUACAGACGAUACCCAAUACCACUGGUAUAGGAGUUUGCGGGAUGGUUACCUGGGUAUAGAGCAGACGUCACCGUGUGGGAGGUUUGGGUAUGGGUAUAGUGUAGCUUUGGCAGCAUGGAACAUGAGCAUUUAACAUCAUCGCAGGGUCACUGUCUGUUCGGUCUUGGUACUGGUGGACUUGUGCAGGCUCUGGCGAUCUGAAGCGCAAACAGGCGACUGGCGAUACGGCUGUAGGUUGAAAGUUCCGACUCAAAGCCUCAGACCUUACACUACAUGCCAGUCGUGUCCGGAGGACAUGCGGUGAAUGUUAAUGGCCUGGUGGUGUGAUGGGUUCAUCACAUGCUGUGAGGGGUUCGGGCAAUCCUUGACUCAUGACGGGACAACCACAGCCACGUUAAAUCUAGAA